ACGGGCAGGGGGCCCAUGGCCACCCCAUCCCUGCACCCUCCCCUCGGGCCGGGCAUCGGCUCCUCGCUGGGCUCCCCGGGCCAGCUCCACUCGCCCAUCAGCACCCUGAGCUCGCCCAUCAACGGCAUGGGACCCCCCUUCUCCGUCAUCAGCUCCCCCAUGGGCCCCCACUCAAUGUCUGUCCCCUCCACCCCCAGCCUGGGAUUCGGCACCAGCAGCCCACAGCUCAACUCGCCCAUGAACCCUGUCAGCAGCUCAGAAGACAUCAAGCCACCCCUGGGACUCAAUGGAGUCCUCAAAGUGCCAGCACAUCCCUCAGGAACGAUGGCCUCCUUCACCAAGCACAUAUGUGCCAUCUGUGGGGACAGAUCUUCAGGUAAACACUACGGGGUGUACAGCUGCGAGGGCUGCAAAGGCUUCUUCAAGCGCACGGUGCGGAAGGACCUGACCUACACCUGCCGGGACAACAAGGACUGCCUGAUCGACAAGCGCCAGCGCAACCGCUGCCAGUACUGCCGCUACCAGAAGUGUCUUGCCAUGGGCAUGAAGAGGGAAGCUGUCCAAGAGGAGAGGCAGAGGGGGAAGGACCGCAACGAGAACGAGGUGGAGUCAACAAGCAGUGCCAACGAGGACAUGCCUGUGGAGAAGAUCUUGGAAGCUGAACUUGCAGUGGAGCCAAAGACAGAGACAUACAUUGAAGCAAACAUGGGCUUGACUCCAAGCUCGCCCAAUGACCCAGUGACAAACAUCUGCCAGGCAGCAGACAAACAGCUCUUCACCCUGGUGGAGUGGGCCAAGAGGAUCCCUCAUUUCUCUGAGCUGCCCCUGGAUGACCAGGUCAUCUUGCUCAGAGCAGGGUGGAACGAGCUCCUAAUUGCCUCCUUCUCCCACCGCUCCAUAGCCGUGAAAGAUGGAAUCCUCUUGGCCACCGGGCUCCACGUGCACCGGAACAGUGCCCACAGUGCUGGCGUCGGCGCCAUCUUCGACAGAGUACUGACAGAACUCGUGUCAAAAAUGCGAGACAUGCAGAUGGACAAGACAGAGCUCGGCUGCCUGCGAGCCAUUGUCCUCUUCAACCCUGACUCCAAAGGUCUCUCCAACCCAGCUGAGGUGGAGGCUCUGCGGGAGAAGGUCUACGCAUCACUAGAGGCAUACUGCAAACACAAAUACCCUGACCAGCCUGGCAGGUUCGCCAAGCUGCUGCUGCGCCUCCCAGCCCUGCGGUCCAUCGGCCUGAAAUGCCUGGAGCACCUCUUCUUCUUCAAGCUAAUAGGUGACACACCCAUCGACACCUUCUUGAUGGAAAUGCUGGAAGCACCUCAUCAAAUGACUUAG